AUGGAGACUCAUCACUUCUACACAGCAGAGGAAACACCAAUCAAAUGCAAUGACAUCUUUAAGCCUUUAUCUGAACAAGACAAACCCAUCAGAACUGUGCUGACAAAUACAUCAUCUAAACAAGACAAACCCAUCAGAACUGUGCUGACAAAGGGAGUCGCUGGCAUCGGAAAAACCGUCUCUGUGCAGAAGUUCAUUGUGGACUGGGCUGAAGGGAAAGUAAAUCAGGACGUCCACCUCAUAUUUCCACUUCCUUUCAGAGAGCUGAACUUGAUGAAGGACCAGAAACUGAGUCUGAUGGAGCUCCUUCAUGUGUUUUUUAAGGAAACAAAAGAAACAGAAAUGUCCAGUGUGGAAAAGGUUCUGUUCAUUUUUGACGGAUUGGACGAGUGUCGUUUUCCUCUAGAUUUCCAGAACACAGUGAGAGUGUGUGAUGUAACUGAACCAGCAUCAGUGCCUGUGCUGCUGAUAAAUCUGAUCAAAGGGAAUCUGCUUCCCUCUGCUCUCAUCUGGAUCACCUCCAGACCUGCAGCAGCUGAUCAAAUCCCCUCUGAGUGUGUGGAUCGAGUCACAGAGGUACGAGGGUUCAAUGACCCACAGAAGGAGGAGUACUUCAGGAAGAGGAUCAGUGAUCAGAGCCUGGCCAAUAACAUCAUCACACACCUGAAGUCAUUAAGAAGCCUCUACAUCAUGUGUCACAUCCCAGUCUUCUGCUGGAUUACAGCCACUGUUCUAGAGAGAAUGUUGGGUGAAGCAGAGAGUGGAGAGAUCCCCAAGACUCUGACUCAAAUGUACACACACUUCCUCAUCAUUCAGACAAACAUCAUCAGAGAAAAAUACUCAAAGAAGCAGGAGAGUGAUGAAGAAAUGCUUCUUAAACUGGGACAACUGGCUUUUCAGCAGCUGGAGAAAGGGAACCUGAUCUUCUAUGAUGGAGACCUGAGAGAGUGUGGUAUUGAUGUGACAGAAGCAGCAGUGUACUCAGGUGUGUGUACUCAGAUCUUCAGAGAGGAGUUUGGGCUUCACCACAGUAAAGUGUACUGCUUUGUUCAUCUGAGCAUUCAGGAGCAUCUCGCAGCUCUGUAUGUGCACCUGACCUUCAUGAAGGAGAAGAGAAAUGUUCUGAUACAGAAUCAGGGUUAUAACAGGUGGAUGGACCUGACCUUCAUGAAGGAGAAGAGAAAUGUUCUGAUACAGAAACAGGGUUAUAACAGGUGGAUGAAAGAAAACACAAUCUCAGAUGUACACAUCAGUGCUGUAGAUCAGGCUUUACACAGUAAGACUGGACAUCUGGAUCUUUUCCUUCGCUUUCUUCUGGGUCUCUCACUGGAGUCCAAUCAGAAACUCUUACAUGUUUUAGUAACACAGACAGGAAGUAACCCUCAGAGCACACAGGAAACAGUUCAGUACAUUAAGAAGAAGAUCAGUAAAAAUCUUCCUACAGAGAAAUCCAUCACUCUGUUCCACUGUCUGAAUGAACUGGGUGAUGAUUCUCUAGUGGAGGAAAUCCAACACUACCUGAAGUCUGGAAAACAAAGUGAACUUUCUUCUUCCCAGCUUUCUGCUCUGGUGUUUGUGUUACUGACAUCAGCACAGGAGCUGGAUGAAUUCGACAUGAGUAAAUAUUUCAGUACAGAUAAGAUAACAGACUAUGUUGUUGGGAAGAUGAUGCCUGUGAUUACAGCAUCCAGUAAAGCAAUUAUCAGCUGUGAUUCACUUGGAGUAAAAAAUUGGUCACCUCUGUUCUCAGCGCUCAGAUCAGAAACCUCCAAACUGAGAGAACUUCAUCUGACUGUGAAAACACUGGAUCUGUAUGGAUAUAAACUACGAGACUCAGAAGUGAAGAUUCUCUGUGCUGGACUGGAGCAUCCUCACUGUAAAGUGGAGACACUGAGGUAAGAUCAUCUCUCUGAG